AUGAGACACGGUCAGGAGCGGUCUCGUUAUCCACUCCAUCCACAUACGCAAUUUAGCCUGGGCUUGGCAGCCAAAAACGCGUCGUCCGGUACGAUGAGAUCAACUCAAUUCAUCCUCUUCAUCCAUCCCCUACCAAUCCCCUUAACUGCUCUCACAAUGGACUGGGACGAAGAAUACGAACUCAUCAAAGCAGGCAAAGCCCUUCCUCCUACCACCACCACCACCACCACCUCCAUCCGCGCAGGGCCCUCCCGCCUCCCCCACUCAGCCCGAUACCGCACACCCGACCUUGCCUCAGACGACGACGGCAACAACGAUGUGCGCAUGGCCCCCGCAGCGGGACUCGCAGACGAUGAUGACGACCAGGGAGCCGCCGUAGACCUCUUCCCCGACACCGACGCCCCACCGGUGGGCACGCCCCUGCAGCAGCUGACGAGGCAUUGGAUGAACGAGCGGCACGCGCCUGAUAUAUUGCCGGCGCAGGAGGAUUUGUUGAUGAAUCUGCUGGACCAUUUGAGGCGGCAGUCAGAUGCUGUCCAGCUGCUGAGAGGCGACCCCUCGACCUCGGAGGAGGAGCAUUUCCGGAUCAUGCUCGUGCAGACGGAGAUCGAGCGCGUCAAGUUCAUCGUCCGCUCGUAUGUACGGACGCGGUUGUUCAAGAUCGAGAGAUACGCGCGGUUCAUCAUGACAAACGCCGACGUACAGACGCGGCUGACGGCUGCUGAGAGGGAUCAUGCGAGUCGAUAUGCAAAGAUCACAGACCAGCACUUCUACCUCUCCGUACUCCAGAGUCUGCCAGAGAAGCAGGCCCAUCUGGACGAUACACCUAUCUUCGUCCCUCCGAUGAUUACCGAACCAGACAAAUCCCGCCCUGUCUUCGUACACGCCCUACAGCGGUGUCCACGCAUCCGUCUCCCAGAUGGUGCGACCUUGGACAUGGAGAAGGGGCAUAUAUCGCUAGUGCCGUACGCUGUCGUCGAGCAGCUCGUGGCGAGAGGGGAGGUCGAGCUCGUCUGA